CACAAGCUGGGCCCUCAUUCUACCAACCUCUGAAGGAUGGAAGGCUGAGUCAACCUUGAGCCGGUCAGGAUCAAACCUCUGGAAGUGAGUUGUCCUGCAAUACUGCAUGCUAAACACUGCAUCACCAUGAAGGUUCAAUUAAACUGAAUCGAUCUUCUCAACUAACGGAGUUGAGUGUGAUUCUAUGGCUUCUUCUGAAAACACAAUGAAAAACAUGUCAUGCAAUGAUACCAUUGACGAGUUUCGGAGUCAGGUGUACCCCGUGACAUACUCCAUCAUCUCAAUCCUGGGGUUUGUGGGAAAUGGCUUCGUGUUGUGUGUCCUCAUAAGGACAUACCAGGAGAAGACAGCUUUCCAGAUAUACAUGUUCAACCUUGCCAUUGCAGACCUUCUCUUUGUAUGUACUCUCCCCCUGCGAGUGGUCUAUUACCACUACAAAGGCAACUGGUUCUUUGGUGACUUUUUGUGCCGGAUCAGCUCCUACGCCAUGUAUGUCAACUUGUACUGUAGCAUCCUGUUCAUGACAGCGAUGAGCUUCUUCCGUUGCAUUGCCAUUGUUUUCCCCAUCUGGAAUAUCCAAUUUAUCUCCCGGAAGAGAGCCAUCAUGGUCUGCGUUGGCAUUUGGUUCUUUGUAACCCUGACUACCACCCCAUUUUUGCAGAAAAAUGGCCAGUUAUCUGAUGAAAAUAUAACCAAAUGCUUUGAGCCUCCAAAGAGCAAAGAUGUGAAGAAGGUGAUGGUUCUCCACUACAUUUCGUUGUUCAUCGGUUUUAUCUUUCCUUUCAUCACCAUCACCAUCUGUUACGCCAUGAUCCUAAACAAGCUCCUGAAGAAUUCCAUGCAUAAGAAAGAAGGCACUCGUCGAAAGGCCAUCUGGAUGAUUGUGAUUGUGACCGUCGUCUUUCUCGUGAGCUUCACCCCGUAUCACGUCCAGCGUACGGUUCACCUCCACUUGAUGAAAGACAAGACUUCCUGUGAGAAGAGCCUCUACAUGCAGAAAUCCGUGGUGAUAACCUACUCCCUUGCAGCCUUCAACUGUUGCUUCAACCCACUUCUUUAUUACUUUUCCGGAGGUAAUUUCCGUAGGCGACUUUCCACUUUCCAAAGGGGCUCUAUUUCCAGUUCUCAUCACCGAAAGAUGUCCUCAAAGAUGGAGGAAGCCAUGAAUGGAAACGGGGUGGAACACAAAACAUGCAUUUUGGAAGCGGCAGGAACUCCCUCCAAACAGAUGCCAAUCUGAGACGCCGAUUAUUGUGCAUCAGUGGCUUACAUCUAGCUUUUCAACAUGGUGCCCAGAGAAGCAAGUUUGUGCAUAUAUAUAGACAUUCGCUUGGCCACAACCAGAUUCUCUGCUUCAACUGUGAUUCCAAAUAAGCCUCUGGAACCUGAAUGAAACUUAAAAGCUAUUUUAAGACAUAAAAACGAUGAUGAAAUCAAUCCAAUCCUUUGCUUGGAACUGCGCCCGUUUGCUCAGACAAAAGGCAGUGAUAAGCAGGGGAAUAAGCCAAGAGAAGGGACUAAGUAGCAGGUAGAUUUGAAGCUGAUGCCUUGUAAUAGCCAGUUUGGUCUAGUGGUUAAGGCACCAGGCUAGAAAGUGGGAGGUCAUGAGUUCAAAUCCCAUCUCGGCUAUGAAAAUCAGCUGGGCCAAUCACCAGAUGGUGAAUUCCAGUCCUACCUUGAGCAUGAAAGGUAGCUGGGUGACUUUGGGCCAGUCCCUCUCUGCCUCACCUCACCCCAUAGGGUUUGUUAUUGUGGGGAACAUAGGAGAAAGAAUGUGUGUUGGACAUGUUCGCAUCUUGAGUUAUUUGUAAAAAUAAUAAAGGUAAUAUAUCAUAUAUAGAACUGAUUAUAUCUCCUAAUAGCUACUUUGCAAAUAGACACUUUUCCCCACCAAAAGACAUUUUGCAAUCAGAUUUUCAAGAUACCCAAAGGAUCCAAUGACUUCCCCAAACCUUGGGGAUUUCUACUCCAGACCAGACAAGUUGAUUUCAUAAUAGCGCUUUGCUUUGUCCAAGACUGUUUGUGCUUGAACACCUCUCUACAUGCCAAGCUUACAAAAAACAAAUCUCUUCAGUCAUUCUACCCAAACACAGAAUUGCAAGUUGGAUAUAUUUGGUUGCAUUAGUAUGGCUUUAUAAAUCCUAAGUAAGGCCACACCUGAAACAUCGCAUCCAGUUUUGGUCGUCACAUUGUAAAAAAGAGAUUGAGACUUUGGAACAAGUGCAGGGAAG